AUGCAGAGUUUGAGGGACUCGUCUGCACAAACGAUCGCUUUGGUCACCGAUUGCAACAUUCAGGUUCCAGCAAAUUUUGUUGACAAGAUCUCCAAACGGAUCGAUGCGGAGAGGAACCCACAGAUUCAUCAAGGACGUCAAGCACCACGGCAUCUUGCACCUUCCGACCACAUGGCUGCAGGACAGACACCAAUCAUGGACGCGAGCCUCACACAGGAAGAACGUGAUCGUGUGACGCACCCAGCCGCUUCCAAUCAGGCACAGGAAGCAAUCGUCGGGUCUCAUGGAACGCCAACACCUACCAUGACCACAAAGGUCAAAGGCAAAACCAAGAACCCAGAAGAUAACCUUCGAUGGGAAAGACAACUUGUGAAGGCUGUCCGUAUUGCGGUCGUGCAGCUCUGGGAGGUCGCCAGAGAUGGUCCCGCUUUCCACGGCAGAGUGCAACAUCGCGGUGAUUCUGCUUGCACGAGCUUUUCGCACGGGGGAGGCCUCCCGUCUGUGGUGUACUCUCACGUUGGCGUGCCGAAACGCAGAGGCGACCCCACGGAUGCGCCAACUGGUUAUGCUUGGGAACCGCCGUUUGAACGGGAGAUGUUCCCCACAGUGGAGCCCAGUGAAUUUCCUGCAAAUAUCCGACUGGCAUACAUUCAAUGGACCAAUGGCCAAGGGGGCCUGACGGUUGUGUCUUUCGGCCCUUGGGAGCGGAAGCCGGUGUCCAAAAUCGCGGCAGCUGGAUCGAGGGAUCGGCGUAUCGUGGACUAUGUCACUAUGUGCUGCCUGGACCCCAUCGAUCCUUCGGAUGCCCGCCGCUGCCUGCGUGAAAUGUGUCGAGUUGGGUGGCUUCGUCUGGAUCUGCCUGAGUCGACUUAA